AUGUCACGGAACAACACCGAUCGUCAAUUAGAGGGCGAACAAGACUUCGCCAGCACGGUCAACGGGCCACCCGAUGCCGAAGUCGCAAGCAAACGGAACAAAGAUCUCGAGAUGCAAGAAGCGCUGGGACCGAAGGCGGAGAAUGUAGCGGCAUUCAAGGCUCUGGGAUGGCUCGACCGCUUCGUAGCCGUCUGGAUCCUGCUCGCGAUCAUGGUUGGCAUCCUGAUUGGGAACUUCGUCUCAGGCGCUGAAGAGAGUCUUCAGAAGAGCAAUUUAAUGGUGUCCCAAUUCCUAUUGACAACUAUCGGCUUGCUGGUCAUGAUGUAUCCGAUCCUGUGCAAAGUCCAGUAUGAAACGUUGCAUCUCGCGCUACGCGAGCAGCAGCUGUGGAUUCAGGUCGGCUUCAGCAUUUUCCUCAACUGGAUCAUCGCACCCCUGCUUAUGCUCGCCCUAUCUUGGGCAUUUCUUCCCGACGAAGAAGGGAUCCGUGAGGGACUUAUCCUUGUUGGCCUCGCACGUUGCAUUGCUAUGGUUCUCAUCUGGACUGGUAUCGCUGGCGGUGACAAUCAAUACUGCGCUAUCUUGGUUGCUAUCAACUCGGUCCUGCAGAUGGUGCUGUACGCGCCAUUAGCGAUCCUCUUCAUCAACAUUAUCAGCGGCUCCGAGCAGGCGAUCUCGGUCUCGUACUCGACCGUUGCGACCGGCGACGCAGUGUUUCUGGGCAUCCCGCUCGGUGCCGCGAUCAUCACGCGGUACACGCUUCGCUGGAUGACGAGUCCGAGCUGGUAUGACAACAAGUUCAUCAAGUACAUCGCACCUUGGUCGCUUAUAGCCCUCCUGUUCUCUAUCAUGGUUCUGUUCGCUAGCCAUGGCCACCAGGUAGUGCACCAAAUCGUUUCGGUUGUGCGCGUCGCAGCACCGCUAAUCGUAUACUUUAUCGUCAUCUUUGGCUUAACGCUGCUCGUUACGCACAAGCUAGGCUUCGGUUACAAGCUUUCUGCUAUGCAGAGCUUCACCGCGGCGAGUAACAACUUCGAGCUGGCUAUCACCGUUGCUGUCGCUUCUUACGGUGCAAACAGCGAUUAGGCACUUCCAGCAACCGUCGGGCCGCUAAUCGAAUUGCCUGUG